GAGUUCGCACUCGGCCACAAACGGUCGUUCGGUCGGUCGCUUGGUUUCGGUGAAGAAGGGAGAAUUGUGGAGCAGAAAUUAAAUUAAAGUCGUAAUCGUAGUACCGCCGACAGUCGAAAUCCGUAAAGCUGUAGUCCCGUAGAUCCGUAGAUCCGUAGAACCGUAGAACCGUGAGACGAUCGCGAGAAUUGUGCUGCAGCUGAAGCAAAAGAAUAUGGUGUCGCACACAAGAUCGCUGCGUGUCGCGCUCAAUUAAAUACACAUCUUUUUUAUUUUUCGCCCCUGUCUUUAUUUAUUUUUUACUUUUUUUUUGUUUUACGCCACAACGUUGUUAUUUAUAUUUAAUUGUUUUGUGACAACAACCACAACCACAACAACAACGAAAGCAGCCGAGUUAAGUGCGAAAAGUGAAGUGAAGUUUGUCGGCGAAUGAGUGCCAGUGCGCACAAAAAUUGGAGCAGGUUCCACAGAGAUCUAGAGAUCUAAAGAUCUAUAUAGAUUCCCCGAGUUCCUAGGUUCCUCCAAGUUGCGACUUUGGUGGCGUUGGCGCGGUGCCCCUGACAAAGAAGCACGUACAAUCGCAGGAGCCCACCUCUCCGCGGAUCGGUGACCAGCGCACCUGUCGUUAAUUAAAUGUCAACAGAUUUGAAGGGCGGGGAGAAGGAAGAUUCAGACGAGUCCGAGGAGCCAAAUGAAUUGGAAUCGGAAUCGGAAUCGAAAUCGGAACUGGGAACAAACGAGAAACCCUAACGAAAUUGUGCAAAAUGUUUGCCCGUCUGUCAAAUAAAUCAUAAGAAACAAGAAACACUAAAAGUUGAGGAGGAGCAGACAUCUGGAUAUCCAAAAUAAAAAAGAGAAACAAAUCUCACAAUCAAAAGAUACAUAUACACAUAGAAAAUCAAGCAAAAAUGGUUAAUGCGGUGAUGGAUGCCAUAGCGCUGCUCAGCUCGCUGGCCAGCGAUUUGGACAUAAUGCUAAACGAUCUUCGUUCGGCGCCGAGUCAUGCUGCAACAGCAACAGCAACCACAACAGCAACACCAACAGCAACAACAACUGCAACAGUUGCAACUGCAACAGCAACAACGGCAGCAGCGGCAAACCAGCAGCAACAUCAUAAUCACCAUAAUCAGCAGCAAAUGCAAUCAAGGCAAUUGCAGGCACAUCAUUGGCAGAGCAUCAACAACCAUAAGAAUAGCAACAUUACUAACAAUAACAAUAACAACAAUAAUAAUAUUCAUAUAAAUAAUAAUAAUAAUAAUAGCAUUAACAACAAUAAUAAUAACAAUCAUUUGGCACACCCACCGUGCCUGAUCGAUAUUAAACUGAAGUCAAGCCGAUCGGCAGCAACCACAAUUGCGAGUACAACAACCUCCAAUCAGCUGCAGCAGCAACAACAACAACGGCGCCGUGUGGCACCCAAGCCGCUGCCACGCCCACCGCGACGCAGCCGCCCAACGGGGCACAAGGAGGCGGGGCCGAGUGAAGAGGAUGGCGACACGGAUGCCAGUGACCUGGCCAAUAUGACGUCACCGCUGAGCGCCAGUGCAGCGGCCACUCGCAUCAACGGCCUCUCGCCGGAAGUGAAGAAAGUCCAGCGCUUGCCACUGUGGAAUGCGCGAAACGGAAACGGAAACGGAAAUGGGAUUGGAAACGGAAACGGAGGUACCACCAGCAGCGGCAUCUCUGUGCAACGCCGUCUGCCCAUCCAAAGUCAUCAGCAGCAGCGAAUCCUGGGCCAGCGAUUUCAUCACCAGCGACUUCAUCAUGGAACAAGUGAACCUAUUCCCUCUGGCGUGGCCACGCCCUCUUCUCUGGAUGCCGCCUCUGUGGAUGGCGGUAAAAGCCAUACGGGCAACAAUAACCACAUAAACAACAAUCACAAUGGCCAACAGUCACAAAAAUCUCAGCAACAGGCCAAACUAAAUGUCCUGGCCCAGUCCAAUCUCAACAACAAUAACACGAGCAGUCAGCCAGGAUCCAUGACAUCGCCCUCAAAUCGAACGGCCCUGGACUCGAAUCAGAAUCAGAAGCAAAGUCCCAAUGCAGCAGACAGUCGACGGAGCAGCAGCGUGGAUCCGGAUGCGGAUGUGGAUGACGUCGUGGACGCGGCCCAUGGUGGCGCCUUCGAGGAUGACAUGCAGGCCCUGCUGCCCAAGUGCUCGCGUCGCUCCUGGGAUGAGCUCAGUCAGUCACGCACAUCUCUGGUGUCCAGUUCGGAGGGCGGCAUCCUGGCGGAGGGCGAGACGUCCAGCGAGGACGACGGUGAGGAGCCCGUGGAGGCGGAGGACGAGGACGAGGGCGAGGAGAGCAGCCGCGAUUCCAGCGACAAUUCACCGCCAUGCGAUUUGGGACUCAUGGAGCGCCUCCUGGUCACCCAUCCGAUGUGGUUCCUGCCGGGCAUCCAGCGUUCCGGGGCCGUUCAUCUGCUGCAGGGCAAGGAGGAGGGGACCUUCAUAGUGCGUGGUUCCAGCCAGCCGAAUACAAUGGCCGUUUCGGUGCGAUUGCCCCAGGAUACAGGACCCUAUAUCGAGCACUAUCUCAUCCAGUCGCACGACAAUGUCCUGAGCUUGGAGAGCUCGCGUUUUACAUUUGGAUCGAUACCCUCGCUGAUUGCCCACUAUGCGCAAUGUUGCGAUGAGUUGCCGGUGCAGUUGAUGUUGCCACGUGUCCUGCGGGAGGCGAACAACCGAAAGAAGCUGAGUUCGCUGGCCCUGCUGGGUCAGGAGUUCUGGAGCUAUGUGAGCAGUCCGGCUCUCCUCGGUCCGUCAACGCCAUCGGUGGUGGCGCAUCCCGCGAAGGAUCAGCACUUGCUGGAUGCCAAAUCGCCGCUCUCACUCACGGAAACCAGUGGUCUUGGCACUGCCACCUUCUUCAGCGAUGCCCUGUCCAAGCCACCGCCCACUGGAGCACCGCCGCUGCCGGGUGGUGGUCUCUUCAGUCCCACGGGAAGUGGUCAGUUGCUGGGCUUCUUUAGCCAGGCGGGCACACCAUCCGAUACGACGAACUCGAGCCUUAGCUCAUUCACGACCAGCGGUGGUCAGCACAUGCAGCUGCUGAGUCCAAAUUCUGUAGAUUCGGUGAUACUCACCAUGUCGCCGGUGGACAAUCCUGGGCAUUAUUUGCCCGGUUCAACGGGUGCUUCUUUGGCACCCGUAUGCCCAUCGGUGGUUGACCAACAGCUGAGCACCUUUAAAGUGGCCCAAACGGCGCCGGAAGUGGAUCAAGUGCGUCCACAGCGACCAAAGCCACCGAAUACGCUGAAUCUCAAGCCGCCCGCACCACCAAUGCGCUGGUCAAAGCCCCAUUCACCGGAUCAGAAUGGCAGUGGCAAUGGCAAUGGCAAUUUUACGGUUACCACCACGGUCACCUUCUCGAUGGAGAACGGAGGUGGCGGCGGCAGUGGACCAACGGUUGGUAAUGGUAAUGGAAAAUUCGUGGAGGUUACCACUCCGGCGGCCAGUAAUCCCUUCAAUGCCCUACUGAAUGGACAGGCGAGCACUUUUCAGACAUUCGCCAAGCGGCUGUCGCCGGAGGGCGAGUGCAAGGAUACGCUUUCCUCGCAGGGAUCCUCCUCCAACGAUGGUCGCUGGCCGCCGCCGGUCCGCAAGCUGCUCACCUCACCCCUCACCCCGCUAACGCCCAGUGGCGGUAGCAGCAGCAGCGGCGGCAAAUCCCGCAAGUCGCGGGCGGGCAAGGAGUCGCAGCACUACAAGGAGUCGGACAUCCUCGAGAGCCCGCCGAUGCAGUACUGCGCCAGUGCGCUGAGCGACAAGAUCAGCGACUACGAGGACGUCUGGUCGCACGAUCCCAGCGAUCGCGCCAGCCUGCUUACCAGUUUCCGCCCGGCAUUGGACACGGUGGGCGGCGUGAUGAACCGACGGCCAGAUUUGCUGGCCGAGACUCCGAGCACUCCCACACCGACGCUGCAAUCUCACCUAUCGCCCUGCGAGGAGGAAACAACUGCCACACCCAACGAAUCCUCUAGCCAAUCUCUGCUACAGUUCUCCGGCGAUGUGCCAGCCCGCUCGAGAGCUGGUCUGCUCUUGCCAAAUCUGUCGGGACAGGCGCCACCUGUGGCCAUGACCCAGUCCAUGACGGCGACGGAGGACGAUGGCGGCGAUACCACGCCCACGGCCGAGGGACAUAGCAACGGAGCCAGUCGCAGCAAGCAGGGCAGUCCGUUUUAUGCGGAACCAGCGGAUGCACUGCGUCAGGCGGGCCUGACCAGCGCAGCCACGGCCAUCUUGCGGCGCCAGCAUCGCAAUCAAAUGCUUCACGCCAGCCAACGGCACUCGGAACCACUAAAAGCGGGCUUCGGAGGAUGCGGCAAUGGUGCAAUGCUGCAGCCCAGCGAUCUGGAAAAGCUUGCCGGCAGUCUGGACGAACUGAAACCCAAACCGAAGGUUACCCAGCCGCAGCAACAGCAGUCGCAACAGCAACAGCAGCCCACCAAGCGGGCACGUAAUCGCAUCGAUCACUGGCAAUUGGACAGCAGUUGGGAGUUCAUGGCCAAGCAGGAUACGGGCAGUCAUGCUGGUGGCGAUUACGAUACGGCAGCCAUCGAUUGGCAGGAAAAGGAAAAUUCGCUGGGCCGUGAUAGCCGUGCAGAUGGCCAGGGAAAGAAGCGAACGCUUACCAUCCAUCAGAUCAUCGCCAAUCGAUUGCCCGACCUUAAUCUGCCAGAGCUGGUGCGUUGCUCAACGCCGCCGCAAACGGCAGCCCUGCAGCCACAUGUCCUGGGACAGCAGGAUAAGGUGGGACUCGGAUGCGAUGGCAGCCAAAAGUCAUUCCAGAGCCAAAUCGGUUGCCGGCUCUCCUCCUACGACAACGUCUUCAACUGCCAGAACUCGUUCGGAGGCAUCGAUUCGGCGCAGUCCGAUGAUGGCACCAUCUUCUCGGAGCCCUGGGACUCGUCCCAAUGGGACUCCUUCCUGCCCCACGAUGAUGCCACCAUCAAUUCGGACACCAUCCAUCUGUCCAAGUGCCGACCCGCUCUCUCAGAGGACGACACGAUUAUCGAGGAACUACAAAGCACCAAAGACGGCAGCAAUGGCAGCUGCAACCAGGACACACUCAAGGCGAACCGGAACGGUGCUGGACACCACAAGCCCAACAAUACCGGCAAUACCAACAAUGGCAAGGCCAACAACAGUCGACCCAAAGUGGCCACAAUUCUGCGUAACCCCAGCAUGCGGGAUCGUGAAGUCUUAUGUCACCCCCGCAACAAGAUGAGCAUCCAGAGCAGCGGACCCGGCGAUUCUUUGCGGGCAUACACCCUGCAAUUGGCCCAGGAUCCCAGCUCCACGUUUGCCCGCAACAUUGAGAACUUCAUUUGCUGCACCAAGGAGUCUCGGGAGGCGGCGCCCCAGGUGGUGAUGCGGAAUAUGCGCCAGUUCAUGAGCGGCAUGAAGAACUACCUGGUGAAGCAUGGCGAGGGCAAGUUUCAUGCGGAACUGGAGACGGCGAGGGCGCGACUCAAAUCGGAUGAGUUCCUCAACCUGGACGCCAUGCUGGAGACGGUGAUGCACCAGUUGGUUGUGCUGCCGCUGCGUGAGCAUCUCUAUGGCAUUUUCGUGGAUCACUAUCAGCGCAGCGAGGAUAUCCAAUUGCUGGCGCAGAAUGUGCGCUACGCCUGCGAACGGGAGGCUGCCGACUUUGGCAUCAGGCCCACGGUAACCCCACCAUCACAGGCCGCCCUGCGGCUCAUCGCCAAUCUGUUGUGGCGCCUGCAGGAGGCCGAGUUGCCGCUGGACAAGCUGGAGCUCUUCCUGUGCGUCAUCUCGACGGUAUUCGAUGCCACCGGCUGUCCGCGUGGCCAGCAGCUGGGCGCCGAUGAUUUCCUGCCCGUGCUCGUCUAUGUGGUGGCCAAGUGCGGAUUCGUGGGCGCCGAGAUCGAGGCGGAGUUCAUGUGGGGCCUCCUACAGCCGACCCUGCUCAACGGGGAGCCGGGCUACUAUCUGACCGCCCUCUGCAGCGCCGUUCAGGUGCUCAAAACCUUCAUGGCCUCCGAGGGGGAGAGCGGCAGCGGAUCCCUGGACUGGCGCUCCAGCUGCCUGCCCGCCUGCUCCAGCGUGCUGCGCGUGAUCAUACCCGACGAGUGCAACGGAUCGCUGCAAACGAGGACACUACCGGUGCGACCACAUACCACCACCCGCGAGGUGUGCCGCAUCAUUGCGCACAAGGCGCGCAUCACGAAUCCGCAGGACUAUGCGCUCUUCAAGCUGGUCGAUGGCGAGGAGACGCUGCUGACGGACGCCGAGUGUCCGCAGGAUGCCCGUCUGGCGGCCAAGGGCAAGCACUGCAUGCUGGCCUACAAGCGGAUCGAUGCCAAGAUCGCCUGGCCGACUGCCCAGCUGGCAGGACACUGAUUCAGCUCGUUUCACACAUACGACACAUACCGCCCCGCCCGCCCUGCCCUUCUUGCUCACUAACCAAGCAUAUUUGAUUAAUAAUUUAUUAUUAUUACAUUAAAAUAUACUUAGUAGCCUGUAAGUAAAGCUAAUUAAUGCUAAUUAGAAAACAUCUAAUGUGUACUAAACAUCAGUAUUGAGUUAAGUGUGUUUUUUUUUUCCUGACCCACUCACGGGUCAAACCCCCUUUUUUUUUUGCUAAUAAAUGUACUAUGCGAAUACAUAUACACACACAUAUACGAUAUAUAAACUUUUAGCCAGUAGAGUUGCAAUUUCUGCACAAACGAAGCGAUGGAGUGAGUCAUCUAAACGAAUCUACACUCUAAACAUAUAUGCAGACACGAUCCAGACAUUUGGUGUGGAUCGUGUGUGCCAUCCUGGAGACCAAAAGCACAGUUCAACAAUCACGGCAACAAUCAAUCAUUCAUUCAAUCAACAAUUGAACCAUCAGUAUGAACCAUCAUCAUUAAACUACACAAAAAGGCAUUUAGGUGUGAAUGGGUUUCGUGGUUUCUUUUUAGGAAGCAAAACCAUAUUAUAUUAAAAUAUAAACGAUUACAUUUUAAUAUUUAUGUUCAACUAAACUUCACUGCUAUCGACCCUCGAGAUAUAAAUACAUACCUAAAUACAUACAUAUUUUUUUGUAUACUUUGUAAAAUAUGUGACACGUAAUCCAAAUAGCAAGCAAAUAAAUAACCAAAAUAAAA